GGGUAGCCUCCGCAUCCCGGGCCCCCGGCCCUGCCCUGCCGCCCCGCCGCCGGAGCGGUCACCGCCCGUUCCACCGUUCCUCCGCUGCCACCGCUGCCGGCACCAUGGGCAGUGAGCAGAGCUCCGAGGCCGAGAGCCGACCCAACGAUCUGAACUCCUCAGUGGCCCCUUCUCCAGCUAAGCAUCGAGCCAAGAUGGAUGACAUCGUGGUUGUCGCUCAGGGCUCCCAGGCCUCACGGAAUGUCAGCAACGACCCCGAUGUCAUCAAGCUGCAAGAGAUUCCAACCUUCCAGCCGCUUUUGAAAGGGUUACUGAGUGGCCAGACUUCCCCAACAAACACCAAACUGGAGAAACUGGAUUCUCAACAGGUGUUGCAGCUCUGCCUCCGCUAUCAGGACCACCUCCAUCAGUGUGCAGAGGCCGUUGCUUUUGAUCAGAACGCUUUGGUUAAACGAAUCAAAGAGAUGGAUCUGUCUGUAGAAACUCUCUUUAGCUUCAUGCAAGAGCGCCAGAAAAGAUACGCCAAGUACGCGGAGCAGAUCCAGAAGGUCAACGAGAUGUCAGCCAUCCUGCGCCGCAUCCAGAUGGGCAUCGACCAGACGGUGCCGCUGCUGGAGCGGCUCAACAGCUUGCUGCCCGAGGCGGAGCGCCUGGAGCCCUUCAGCAUGAAGCCCGACCGCGAGCUCCGGCUGUAGCGCGCGUGCGCUCGGGCCGGCGCCGCCAGGGCCCCGGGAUGCUGGGACCAAAGUCCCAGGAGGUGACCGAGGCCGUUGGAUCGCUGGUGCUCCCCGAGGGGGCGGGACGCAGCCCUGCUGCCCUGGACACCGCUUUCUUCCCCUCUGCAGAGCCAACCAGCCAAACCCACGCUCAGUGCUCACCGGAGUUGGAAGGUUUGAACUAUUGGGAAUUCUGUACAGAACUCUGCCUUGGGAAGUAUUUUUAUUUUGUUUAGGUUUUUUUUUUAAUUGACACUGUAUAUUAUCUAGUCUAGCUUGUGGAUUGAAAAGAAGAGAAAGGGAGAGAUAUUUUAAGAAGCUCUGUGUCCUUGAUGCCGUCGUGGUGUUUUUCUCAGUAGGCUGUCUGGGUUGUGGGCUAGAAACAUAAAGAACAAGUGUAACCCA